AUGAGAAGAAACCCUUCAGUAAAGAAGCUUCUGGAGUUCACCCCAAUCCCAAUGUCAUAUGGGGACCUAAUACCGGCGCUAAUUGCCAACCAGUUGGCAGUGGUGACCCCUGGAAGGAUUUACCAGUCUCCCUUCCCAAAGUGGAACAACCCCAACGCGACCUACGCGUAUCAUGGGGGAACUCCGGGGCAUUUGGUUGAGCAAUGCAUGGCCCUCAAGCACAAGGUCCAGAGCUUGAUCGAGGCGGGAUGGUUGACGUUCCAAGAAGACGAGCCAAAUGUGAAGAUGAACCCGCUCGCCAACCAUGGAGGAUCGGAUGUAAAUGCAAUUGAGGUGGAUAAACUGCAAAAGCCUAAUCAUUUAAAGGAUGUAAUGACCUCUAGGAGGUUUAUUUUUGAAGCCCUGCAAGAGGCGAGCGUGGUUCCUCUCAGUGGGCAUAAGGGGGAUCCUUGCUUAAUGCAUCCGGCUGCACCGCAUGAUAUGAAAACAUGUUUAGUAGUGGAGGAGCUGUUGCAGCGGAUGAUAGACCAAGGCCGACUAGAGAUCGGUGAAGAGGGCAUGAAAAAGCAACACGUCUGCAUGCAAUCAGCAGACAAGGAAAGUCCUAGGAAAUCUAAGCCUUUGAAGCCAAGCGAGAGGAAGAAGGGGGCCGCCAGCAUUGACUCACUUUCUGCCAAAGUGACCAAUAUCACUGGACUAAGCGGCGUGACCUGCAGCGGUCGCAUCUUUGCGGCACCUGACAUGCCGGUACGGCCCGUGAAUGCCAAAGGAAAAGCAAAGGUGGUCGCAGAGGAGACCAACGAAGCAAGCCCCACUCCGGACGAGGAUGUUCCGGCGGGGUGGUUCGCUGAAAAAAGGGAAGGCUUCGGUGAAAAAGAGGUAUCCUUGGAGGAGGCCAACAAGUUCCUCCGCAUAAUCCAAAAGAGUGAGUUCAAAAUAAUCAAACAACUCAACAAGACUCCAGCUAGGGUCUCUCUGUUAGAGCUGCUUAUGAGUUUUGAACCUCACUGGGCAUUGCAAGUUAAAGUUUUGAAUGAGGCCCACGUGGCCCAGGAUAUCCUUGUAGAAGGCUUCGAGGGGAUUGUUAACAAUAUCACAGCCAAUAACUACCUUUCCUUCGCUGAGGAGGAGAUUCCUGUCGAGGGGCGAGGACAUAAUAGGGCUCUACAUGUAUCUGUCAAGUGCAUGGAUCACAUCAUGGCCAAGGUGCUCAUUGACAAUGGCUCGAGCCUAAACGUGAUGCCCAAAAGCACAUUGGAGAAACUACCAUUCAAUGCUUCUCACCUGAGACCAAGAUCCAUGAUGGUCCGUGCUUUUGACGGUAGUUGUCUGGAAGUAAGAGGGGAGAUUAAUAUCACAAUUCAGAUAAGAUCCCACACAUGUCAGGUUACCUUUCAAGUGAUGGAUAUCAACCCAGCCUACAGUUCCUUGUUGGGUCGACCAUGGAUUCACUCGGUGGGAGUUGUCCCUUCGACGCUUCACCAAAAACUGAAGUUCUUGGUAGAGGGCCACUUUGUCAUUGUUUUGGGGGAGGAAGAUAUUCUGGUAACCUACCCUUCUUCUAUGCCAUAUGUUGAGGUCGCAGAAAAGUCCUUGGAAAUGGCUUUUCAGUCUUUUGAGGUGGUAAGCAACGCUUCUGUAGAAUCCCUUCCGAUGGGGCCUCGCAUGUCUGAUGUUGCAAUGAUGAUGACCCGUGUGAUGUUGGGGCAUGGUUAUGAGCCUGGAAUGGGCUUGGGGAAGAAUAAUGAUGGCAUGGCCAACUUAGUAGACAUCAAGGAAAACCGUGGGAAGUUUGGGCUAGGCUAUAAGCCCACGCAGACUGAUGUGAGAAGAAGCGUCUUAGAAAGGAGGAACAGAGGCAUGGGCUCGCAACUAAGGCCACAAGUGAGAGAGGCCCCUCCUUGUCACAUCAGCGAGAGCUUCGUAAGUGCGGGCUUGAGAAGCGAAGAGCAAGUCGCCAUGACACAUGACGAAGCUCCUCAAGAGCAUUCGAGCUGGGGAAAUAAAAAUCCUGAUCUUGUCAAUGAUCCUGUGCAUGCUCAUUCAGGUCCAGUGCUGGUGCAGAUGAUGAAUCCUGAGAAAGAGGCAGGUCUAGCGUUGGUGCAAAUGGCUUAG